AUUGGUUAAACCCUACAGAUGCAGAAACAGGGUUUUGUAUAAGAAUGGAAGAAAAAUGAGUGUUGGAAGAAAGUGAAGAAAAACUGGCAUGUGGGCUGUGACGGCAAAACCAUUUAUCAAAUCCCAUUUUCUCAAACACACCCUUCCACUUCUUCUCAUGGCAAACCAAACAUCACUCUCCUUCUCUUCUGGCUCUCCCGUUCACGCGCCUCUGAAGCGCGUGGGCACUCACAAUGGAAGUUUUCACUGCGACGAGGCCCUUGGCUGCUUCAUGAUUCGCCUCACUCAAAAAUUUAAACAACGCCGAAAUCGAGACCAUAUAGUUUUGGAGGGUCUUGAUGCUGUUCUUGAUGUUGGGGGAGUCUAUGACCCUGCCCGAGAUCGGUAUGAUCAUCAUCAGAAGGGUUUUGAAGAAGUUUUUGGGCAUGGUUUCUCCACUAAAUUGAGCAGUGCUGGUCUUGUUUAUAAGCAUUUUGGAAAGGAGAUUAUAGCAAAAGAACUGAAGGUAGAUGAGGUACACCAAGACGUCCAUCAUAUAUAUUUGGCGGUUUACAAGAGCUUCAUGGAGGUAAUAUAUUUUUGAAUAUUUUUCCUGUCUUCCU